AUGAUUGCGCAUAGUUCGACGACUGUUCCCGCGCCCCAACCGGCGGGAGCCGCCGGCCGCAGCGCGCGUCGUGUUCGCUCCGUCAAGUGUCCGGUGUGCUCAGUCGUCCUGACUGCGGCUGAUCUCCGGCCGGAUCCUGUUUUGGUUAGGAGGGUACGCAGACACGAAGCAGCGUUGAGACGGGAAGCGGAAGAAGAUGAGUUGUCCGACGGGGCGCGGAGGAGACGGUCUGGGGCGAGGAAAAGUGGGAUCACUCUUGUUGACGAUGAUGGGGCCGAGGACGCAAAUGAGAUGGAUGUGGAUUCGGAUGAGACAUCGGAUGAGGAUGAUAGGCAGAAUAAGGAAAGUUCCAGCAGCCAAGAUCAUGUACGAAUCAAACAGGAGAUGAGCACAGCUCCUGUCGAUGAUGAUUAG